UGUCUUGUUGUGGGGCAUGAUGGGCAUCAUGGGUCUUCUGUCUUCAUAAUAAUGAAAUAAAAUGCUUCUUGUUGUUGUAAGUUUUUAAUCUCAGCAUGACUCGAGUUUACAUUGGAAACUUAGAGGAAGGCACAUCCAAACGUGAUCUUGAAAGAGAAUUAGAAUCCUAUGGACCACUUAGGGAUGUUUGGGUGGCAAGAAAUCCCCCAGGCUUUGCUUUUGUCGUUUUCGAAGACAAAAGAGAUGCCGAAGACGCUGUGAGAAAUCUCAAUGGACGAAGAGUUUGUGGUUGCCGUGUUCGUGUGGAAAUAGCUCGUGGACCUACUCGGGGCGGUCGUGCUGCUCGGCUUGGCUUAACUGAGUCUUGCUAUGAAUGCGGAAGGGUCGGGCAUUUUGCUAAGGAUUGCACUAGGAAACCAGGAAGUCGUUGGCAAAAAAGCUCUAGAUCAAGAUCACCUAAAAGACGAAGAUCCAGAAGUAGGAGUCGUUCACCAAGGCGAAGUCGUCGUUCACAAUCAAGCUCCAAGUCUCGAUCACGAUCUCGUGACAGGAAACGUAAAAUAUCUAUAUCGCGGUCCAGAUCACGAUCGAGAUCACCGUCAAGGUCGCGAUCGGACAGAGCAAAAAGCAGCUCUGAAAGUGACGAAAAAGAGAGGAAAAGGAGCCCGGGAAAGAAUUCUGCGGAUAGCGAUGAAGAAAAAAUCAAAAAAGUAGUGGAAGACGAGAAUGAUUAUGAAGAUGUUACUGAGGUACAGGAAGAUGAUCCUGAUAACAUAAAAGUUGACAAUAAUAAGGAAGAACAUUAACUGUUGUGUAUCUUGUUAGUCGUUAUUAAGUUGAAGUGUGAUUAUGAGUAGUUCAGAUUAAUUAUCCCUCGUUGAUUUGCUUUUGA